AGCUGCUAAACGUUAAUAUGUAAACUGGGUCUGUUAUAUGGGAAAAAUCUCACAAUGCAACAGAUUGUGGGAGUUUCACACAGUUAAUUUUAAGCAUAUUUCUUUAAAAUUGUAUUUAAAAUGUAUCCUAUUUGUAAGGAUUUUAAAAGUGUUUUUCAAUGUACAGAUAUGAGCAAUAUAGAGAGCUCCAAAAACAGAAGUGAAGAGAUUAAUCAAUAUCUCCGCCAAGAAAAAAAGAGACUUCGGAGAGAAGUGAAAGUGUUGCUGCUUGGUACCAGGGAGUCUGGAAAAAGCACUAUCAUGAAGCAGAUGAAGAUUAUCUAUGAGGGGGACUACUCAGAGGAGGAACGCAGACAGUACAGAGCAGCUGUAUACAGUGACACCAUACAGUAUAUCACUGAUAUUGUAAGUGCCAUGGAGAGCCUGGGCAUUGGUUUUGGAGAUGUGGCCAGAGCUAAAGAUGCCAAGCAGCUGGCAGUGUUUGCCAGAGGUGCAGAGAAAGGGGUAAUGUCUGAGGAGCUGGCUGGUGUUAUAAAGAGACUGUGGGAAGAUGUGGUGCAUACUUGCUUCAUUCACACUCCUCAAUACAAACGCAAUGAUUCUGCUUUGUAUUUCCUCAAUGAUCUGGACAGGAUCUGUCAAUCAGAUUAUAUCCCUACCCAGCAGGAUGUGCUACGUACCAGAGACAAAACCACAGGCUCCAUGGAGGUAAAUAUCCCACACAUGGGCUUCAAUGCUAGGAUUAUAUACCCGGGACAGCACGGAACAAAUUUUAAGAAGUGGAUUGAUUGCUUCAGUUAUGUUACUUCUAUCAUCUUCUGUAUAGACAUUAAUAACUAUGAUCAGCUGCUGGAUGAGAAUCAUGAGGAAAGGAAAUUAUUGGACAGCAUCUUAAAAGACAGAUGUGCUUCAUUUAUUAUUUUUUUCAACAAGAAGGAUCUCUUUGAGCACUCAGGCUGUAUCUUAUAUGACCAUAUCUACAAACAGUUUUGGGAUCUGAUAUGGGAAAAUAGUGAAUUGAAGAUAUUUGGGCAUUUCACAUGUGCCAUAGACACUCCAAACAUGAAGAAUGUGUUUGAUGCUGUGAUGGACCCUUAUCAGCUAUUGAAUCAUAGGCCAUGUAGUCUAUAGUGCCGAAUUAUAAAGCUCUGAAUGGAGCUUGAUGCCCCUGUUUCCGCUCGAGCCUUCAGGCUUGCCGGAAACAGUAGUUAUGAAGCAGCGGUCUUAAGACCACUGCUCCAUAACUGGUCCGCCUGCUCUGAGGCUGUGGACAUCAAUCCGCCUGAUCCUGUACGAUCCGACUGAUUGACACCCCCUACUAGCGGCCAAUUGGCUGGGAAUCUGCAGGGGGUGACAUUGCACAAGUAGUUAACAAGAACUGCUGGUGCAAUGAUAAAUGCCGACAGCGUAUGCUGAGCAGAUCAUGUCGGACAGACCGAUGAUAAACUGGCCCCUAUGUAUUUUAGGCCACAGCUUCAGUUUGCUAAAUUGCGACAUGAUGGAAUAAUUUCUCCAUUGGUCAUUAAGGGGUUAUAGUAGUAAAUAAUAUCCACUCUU